GAAACAAUCCCCCUCCCGCCCUACCGCCCGUUAGGUCAAUGCCGAUACACGAUGGCGAUAUGUACAACCCCUCAUUAGCCGGCAAUCAACGACGCCCCACUCCCUUCGUUCGGGAUCCGGCCUCUAAGCUUGCCUAGCACCAUAUUCCCUCACACAGGCCUCGGGCAAAAUCCUUAGACAGGGCGGCAGAAUGGUUAAGUCCCCAUGGGGUACUUAGUAGCGGCCGUCGCGGCAGCAAUGUUCAUAACCCUGCCGGCUCGCUUGCGAGAACCUCAUCUCCGAGACGAGCCGCUGUUCUAAUCAUAAUAAUAAUACGACUGCUGCUGCUCCUCGUUUCUGUCGCCGCUGUAUCCGCUGCCUCCGCCGUCUCUACACGCACCACCACCGCUCACUACAGCGGCACAUGGGGAUUAUACGCCUCCUAUAAGUUGAAGACAUACCUAAACUUUUGUGACAUAUCAUCACAGCCUCUUGCCUGCUCUCUAUCCCCCCCCUCUCUCUUUCCCUCUGUCUUUUUUUCCCUCUCUCUUUCUCUUCCUCUUCGCUCGGACUGCGUGAAUCAUGGCUGAUUUUAGGGAUUUACGGAUAUCCGUCAUUGGCGCGGGCAUGGGCGGUCUCGCCUGUGCGCUCGCCUUCGCCAAAAAGGGGUUUAAGCAUGUCGACGUAUACGAGACGGCCUCGAAUUUAGGCUUCGUCGGCGCCGGCAUCCAGCUCGCCCCUAACAUGGUCCGCGUGCUCGACCGCUGGGGCUGCUGGGAGGGCAUUGAGGCCGAAGCCACCAACAUCCUCGCCUCGAGCAUCCGCGAGGGCUCCACUAACCGCGAGCUCGUCCACGUCCAGAUGCCCGAUAUUGCCGAGAAGUACGGCUACCCCCACUGCACCGGCCACCGCGCCUCGCUCGCCGGCGGCCUGUACGAGGGCUGCAAGAAGCAGCCCAACAUUACCUUCCACUUCGCGACGUCGCUGACUGCUAUCACUUCGUUCGGACCCGAGAAGACCGUGUUCACGGCCCAGCCCCGCGACGGCGAAGCCUACGAGGUCGAGACCGACGUCUUGCUAGGCGCCGAUGGCAUCAAGUCGGCGGUGCGCGCAGCGCUGCUAGACACACUUAACAUCACUGACGAGGUCGAGGAUACGGGCCAGGCCGCAUACCGCAUCAUGCUGCCGCGGUCGCAGAUGGAGAACGACCCAGAGCUGCUCGAGCUGCUCGACGCCGACGUGGCGCUGCGGUGGAUUGGAGAGAAGCGGCACAUCGUCGCGUACCCGAUUAGCGGCAAGACGAUCUACAACCUCUCGACGUGCCAGCCCGACGUCAACUUCGCCGCCGCGACCAAUGCGACGUACACGACACGCGGCAGCAAGCCCGCCAUGCUCAAGGUCUACGCCGACUUCUGCCCCGUCGUCCAAAAGAUGCUUAACCUCGUGCCCGAAGGCGAGGUCUGCGAGUGGCGCUUGCGCUCCCACAAACCCCUGCCGACCUGGGUCCACGGCGCCGUCGCCCUCGUCGGCGAUGCCUGCCACCCGACGCUGCCGCACCUGAGCCAGGGCGCGGCGAUGGCGAUCGAGGACGCGGCGGUGCUCGCCGAGGUGGUGAGCCGGGCGCCGGACGGCGGCGCCGACCGCGCGGCGCUGUCGCGCGCCAUCAAGACGUACGAGCUGCUUCGCAAGGAGCGGACGACGUUGCUGGUCGACCUCGCGGCGUCGUCGGCACGCACGCUGCACCUCGGCGAGGGCAAGGCCAGGGAGGAGCGCGACCGCCAGUUCGCCGCCGCCAAGCAGAAGGGCGCGCCCAUCCCCGACAAGUGGGCCAGCCCCGAGGUCCAGCACAUGAUCUACACAUACGACUGCGUCAAGGACGCCCAAGAAAGGUUCGACGGGCUGUACGCGGGGCUCGCCGGCGCCGCCGACGACGCGCAGGGCGGCCACGCGAACGGCAACGGCUUCGCGAACGGCCACGCGCAGGGCAUAACGGUAUAAGCUAGAAAGGCGGCAGGAAAAGAACUACCUACUAGCCAGUCAGUCUAAUUGCAGCAUUGUACGAAGGAGGGACAGCUAGACACGUUAUUACCAGGGCAUGCGCGAGCCAAGCGCACACGCACAUA